UGUGAUUUUUUUAACACGCCCCGCCCCUAGAUGUGAAGCACUUCCGCCAAGAUGGUUGUCGGUGCCUUCCCAAUCGCGAAGCUCCUCUACCUCGGAGUGAAGCAAAUGAGCAAGCCCAUAGCCAACCGGAUAAAAGCAGGAGCCCGGAGGAGUGACUUUUUUAGAAGUUACAUCUGUCUGCCGCCGGCACAAAUUUACCACUGGAUUGAGAUGAGAACAAAGAUGCGUAUCAUGGGGUUUCGGGGUUCCACCAUUAAGCCGCUGAAUGAGGAGGCGGCGGCAGAGCUCGGCGCCGAGCUGCUGGGGGAGACUGUGGUCUUCCUCAUCGGCGGCGGAUGCAUGGUGCUGGAGUACAGCAGGCAGUCUGCUAACUCGCGCCGUAAGGAGGAGGAGCUCACCGAGACCCUCACAGGUCUACAGACUCAAAUAGCAGAGCUCACCUUCACCACAGAGACGCUAAGCGCUCAGCUCAGAGAAGUCAACAGGCAACUGCUCUCCUUUCCUGCACCCACCAAAAAGUGAUUUGUUUCAGGUGCUGUACUUUUGUAAAAGAGGUAAAUGAAGGGACACACAACAUGUGAUGGCCUGGCUGAUGGCAAAUACUUCACACACUGACCACUCUCCCGAAGGCUGGAUGAAACAUCAGUGUGCUGCAAGUAAUUAGCUCACAUUUGGAGCAGCUUGUUCUAUGAUAUUGCUAUGAUAUUCAUAGUGUAUUUGUGUGAUUGAUAUUGCAUGCUCAUUACAAAAUGGACUGUGUCAAUCUUUCAAAGGUUAAUUUAUAUGAUAACAGUGACAUUUGUGGGCCUUUAAUCACUCGAGAGAAGUUUCAUUUCUGAUUGCUUUGAAUAUUAUCCAAUCUCUCAGAAUUUCAGUCAAAGUCACUGUGAAAACCAUUUGCUGUUUGAUGUAAUAAAAGAAAAAAUGGUUGUUAAAUAAUUCUGCAAGAUAAAAAAUAAAGACAAUAAAAUAUU